ACGGAAGGCGCGGCUGCGGCUUCGUCCUCUUGCCUGUAUCGUUGUAUCGAGUGCAACCGGGAGGCCCAGGAGCUGUACCGGGACUACAGCCACGGCGUGCUCAAGAUAACCAUCUGCGUGAGCGCGCCGGGGGGCGGGGCGCGGCUAGGAAGGCGGAUCCGAACGUACUGCGGUCCGGGGCAAGGCCAGGGAGCUUGAGCACGCGGGGGAGGAGUGGUCCUUAUGAUGGUGUGAAAGAGAAAGCAAGGAUGUGUUUGAAGACUGCCUAGGCCAUGGAUGUUCUAAAACUUAUGGCACCCAAGAGUGCUGGCGCGUUCCUGUGACUCCAGCACUCCACUCGCAUGCCAGGCAAGAGGAGGAGCACGAGUUGGACGCCAGCCUUGGUUACCUAGAGAGAGACUGUCUCAAACGAAUAAAGCAGUGAUGGAGAGAGAUGUGAUUCACUAAGUAAAUAGGAAUUGUAGCAGGAAGCGUGUCAUUCUCUUGUUGAGCCUGAAGAGAUGGAAGCAAUGUUUGAGAAAUCCUGCCAGAAACCAGUAGACAAAUAUAUUGAAUAUGAUCCUGUUAUUAUCUUGAUUAAUGCCAUUUUAUGCAAAACUCAAGCCUAUAGGCAUAUUCUAUUCAACACUAAAAUAAAUAUCCAUGGGAAACUCUGCAUGUUUUGUUUGCUUUGUGAAGCAUACCUGCGGUGGUGGCAGCUGCAAGACUCAAGCCAGAGUACAGCCCCCGAUGAUGUGAUCCGGUACGCCAAGGAGUGGGACUUCUACAGGAUGUUUGUGAUUGCUUCUUUCGAACAAGCUGCCUUUUUUACUGGCAUGUUUGCUUUCCUGUGGGCACAGCAACCUAUGACAGCAAGAAGAGCACACGACUUUGUUUUACUGCUGAAAGCACUGUUGCUGUCCAGCUACGGGAAGCUCCUGCUAAUUCCGGCCGUCAUCUGGGAGCAUGACUACACACCUUUGUGUCUCAGGCUCAUUAAAGUGUUUGUCUUGACAUCAAAUUUCCAGGCAGUCAGAGUGACCCUGAACACCAGCCGGAGGCUCUCUCUGUUGACCGUGCUGAGCGGUGUACUGCUGGAGAGCAUCAUGGUCCUCUUCUUCCAGAGGAUGGAGUGGGAUGUGGGCAGUGACUGUGCAGUCUACAAGCCUCAGGACUUCUGAUGCUACUGGAAUUGUGUCAUCUGUCCAUCCUACAUACGUCACCAACAACAGACCAAGGGAAUGAUCCCACCCGCAACCCUGGUUGUGAGGACUGUCACAACAUGGCACCUUCCUGGGCAGCUGUCCCACCAAGGAAAGUCUCCUCAGCAUCUGUUGACUGCCUGUGUAAUCUGGGGCCUCUCCUCCAUACUGAAUGUUAGCAGCCCUAGCUCCACACAGGUAAUCACAGCUGCUGAGAGUUGAGGGCCGUGGCUGUGUCAUGCUGGAGGUCAGCAUUCCAGGAGCAUCCCUUCAUGCAGUGUGGCUGGGUUGGCGCUGUCCGUGGCCUCUCCCCUCGCAGCCCUGUACUUCAGGCUGCUGUCUCCAGGAGGACGGGGUGCUGGGCUCCCUGUUCCUUCACUUGCCUUCAUUGCUGCUUCCCACCGGUCCUCACUGUCUAGCCCUUGCUGGGCUACAGGACCUGAGUACACCCAUCCGUCCAUGGCUGCUGCUCCUUAUCUUUUGUCACUCAGUCUCUUCACCUCUAGACUCUCUCCGAUUCUCAACCACACACACUCUGAAGGAAGCUGUGGGGUAGUUCUCUGCCAGGCCUUUGUAGUAUGCUUCCUGCCUUCGACCUGCUUUGUCUACACAAGGUUCAAGAUACUUGAGUAGGAGCUCUCUGCUGCUCAUGUGAUCUCAGCAGGACUCAGUAGCCUCUGAGAACACUUCUGUUUGAGGGCCUGAGCCCCACUUGCUUCUCCCCAGCCACACUGCCUCCCUGUGCCCAGAGCACAGUGCUACAGGUUCCUUCAGUUUGUUCUUCAUCUGUCAUUCGUGGUGUUCCUUCCUUCUCUUGUCUUCUGCCGUGUGUAGCUCCCUGCUGUCCCUCCCUCUCUCUGACCCCACAGGCCCCUUCCUCCACCCAAGAAAGCAGGAUCCUAGGAUGAAGAAAAGCAAGAGGACCCAGAGCAGGAAAGAGAGUCAUACUCAGGCUCAUGUCACCUUGGCUGUGGAGCGCUCCACUCCUCACAUAUCCUAUUUCCUGCUGUGCUAUAAGCCAGCCCAGCUUCCUUCCUCCUGUGUCUUUGGAGGUGUGGCUGCUGGACCUGACCUCCCUCCUCCAUGUUCAUGUGUAGCUCUUCAUUCUGGACAUUCUGUCUGAAUUGCUGCUUUCCCUGCCUUUCCCUUUGUGAACCUCCCUUUCCAUGCCCUGGGUCCACAGUGCUAAACUUCACGGAACUGCUGCAGCUAUGAGCUUGUGCUCUCUUUCCAUCAAAACCUUCCAGCUAGUGCUGGGAUUCUAGCCCCACCCACUUCCUUCCUUCAUGUGAAGGGGUGGGUGGGCCAGUUCCACCCAGAUCUCUCUCCUGCAGUACUGGGUCUAGUCCCCUGCCUGACACUUGGUAUAUUCAAGAGUAUGGGCCAGGUGGUGGUGGCUCACGCCUUUAAUUCCAGCACUUGGGAGGCAGAGGAGGGUGGAUUUCUGAGUUCGAGGCCAGCCUGGUCUACUGAGUGAGUUCCAGGACAGCCAAGGCUAUAACAGAGAAACCCUGUCUUGAACCCCACCCCCACCCCCCAAAAAAGUAUGGCCCUCUGUCCAAUAGGCCCACACUCUAGCUGCUUCUGGUUCCCUCUAUAGAACAUCACUUUGACUCCUGCAGAGGGCACCUCUCUACAUUCCACCCUAGCACUUCUACCCAGUUGGCACCUCACAGCAGCUGUCUUCCAAAUUACUACUGCAGGCCACCCAGGGCUGUGUUCCCUCUGUGCUUCUGUGUAUCUGGCUGUCUGCUGUAAUUCAUAGGAGUAAAAUCAGCUAUGAGUCUUUAGAACCCACUACAGAGCCAGUGGCCUGCUGUGUUAUCUUGUACUUGAGAGACCCUGCCUCGGGCUCCCCUGUCUUCCAUGGCUCCCAGCCAGCCUUGGAAGCAGGGCUUCUGUGGUGAUCAGAACAGGCACUACAAAGUAGUCUUGCUCUGUUGUCUACAGCUUCAUUCUUUACUCUCUGUGGUGGGACCAGCUACCUCAAAAGAGAAGGCACAAAAGAACCCAAGGUCUCUGCUUUCUCUGAGUGAAGCCAAGACUGGGGAUUUCUGAAUGUACCCAGAUAACCCCAGGAAGAUCUGAACCACCUAUACACAAGGCUGAGCGCACUCGGGCAGGCACCUUGGUUCCACAGUAAUAAAGGUCUCAGCUCUGUUCCUUUAUGUCCUUUAAGUCUAAAUAUUACACUGUGCCUUUAAACCUGUAUUUUGUGUUUUUCUGAAUAAAUUGAGCUUUUUAUACA